AAAAACAAAUAAACCCUAAAAUAAUUCUCUCACGUCCGAGUCAGUCGUCUUCGUCUUCAACGAGUCACGGUCUCAACUUCUUCCCAUUUCUUCCACUGCCACGCCUCAGCCUCGCCGCCGACCAUCCUCGCCACGCCUCCUACUACCCGCUGCCGUUACCGGUUUAUUUGUGGGGGGAAAUCUGGCUGUUUUUCAUUAGAAUUGAAGCAAUGACUCCCACAGCUUCCGUCGCUUCUCAUGGAGAGCCCAAAUGGGAAUUCAGCUGUGACUUUGAAGUCGAUUAUGAGUCUGAGAAGAAAGCUUCAAUUGUCUAUAAAGCUUUAGUCGUUGAUAAAGAGUUACAGCCAGACAAGGUGAAAAGGGCGAUGUCAAAUUCUGAUGGAAAACUUUCAAUACAUUUUGAGGCAGUGGAAGCAAGGUUUUUGCGUGCAUCAUUCAGUGCGUUUGUAGAUGUGCUUACUCUUGCCACAAAAACAAUCGAAGAUUUUGGACAAGAAGAGGAUUUCUGAUAGCCUUACUGACCUAUUUACAUGGCUCUCAAAUAUCAAGUGUCAUUUUUUUUUUUUUUUUUGCUUAAAGUAGCUCUGGUUUUAAUUUACAUCUGACCUGUAAUUUUAUCACAAUGUUUUGUUAUUGUUUGAUCGAGUGUGAAGGUCUUUCUCCACCCAUCAUUCGAACAUUGAGAUCUAACAAGAUAAACAUUUUCGGUAAACAAUUUGUCCUUUUACUCCUUGCAGUCAACCAUAUAACUACUUGAUAUGUUAUUUUUAUGCCAAAUGUAGUUUCAAGCAUUUACUGA